AUGGAAAACCUCCCCACCGAUCACUUCGUAAAAUCCCAACAAUUCGUUCCCACCGUCCACCGUGACGUGUACCCGGCGAUCGAUCCCACACAACCCUCGCUCUCCCAAAAGGGCAAGGUUAUCAUAAUCACCGGUGCCAGUCAAGGCCUAGGGGCUCGGGCUUUUGUGCCAUCUUUCGCCGCUGCAGGCGCCAAAGCGAUUGUUCUCGUCGCGCGCAGUGCAGAGAAACUAAACGAAGUGGCUGCAUCCGUCGCCAAUUCCCAUCCUGAAGUCGAGACACUCGCUGUCCCCACCGACAUCGGCAGCCCCGAAUCAGUAGCCUUGCUGUACCAAAAAGUGAAAGAGAAGUACGGCCACGCCGACGUUCUUGUCAAUAAUGCCGGUAUCUUCAAAGCCAGAGCGCCAGUCAAGGAUGUUGACGAAAAGGCUUGGUGGGAUGAGAUGACACUCAAUAUACGUGGCACCUUCUUAAUCAUAAAGUCCUUCCUCCAACAACUACCCACUCCCGAGACACCCGCGAAAAUCGUAACCCUCAUCACAGCCGCUGCCUAUGAAGUCUUCCCCUCAUUAAGCGCGUACGGUAUAUCGAAACUCGCUGUUCUUGAACUUAUGACAUAUGUCGCGGCUGAGAACCCCAAUGUUUUUGCUGUGGCCCUGCACCCAGGUAUCAUUGACACGGAGAUGUUGAUUGAUACAUUCAAGCGAUUCGCAUUGGAUACGCCGGAGCUUAUCGGUGGUGUUGGAGUGUGGCUCGCAGGCUGGGAAGGUGUUGAUAGGAGGUUCUUGGGCGGUAGAUAUGUGAGCGCGAAUUGGGAUGUUGAGGAUCUGGUGGCAAGGCGUGAGGAGAUUGAGAAGGAGGGGCUGUUGAAGAUGUACUUGAAGGGUACGCUGGGCGCGGCGCAGUUUGAGAAGUAG